AGCAGCUUCCCAAGAAGAUCAAAUCAAAAAAUGUGUGAUCAAUCUUUAAUCGCUUUGCAUUAUUAUCACAUCAUUUCCUAAAAUUCCGGUGACAUACUUCCAAAAGUUUGUUCCUUUUUGAUUAAGUAAUCUCUUUCAAGAUGUCUCUCCUCCAAUUAAUUUAGUUGGUUCUUCAGCUUUUCUGAACAAGAACAGAGGAGCUUUGUCUCGGUUCCACUUCUCUCUCUAAGAUUCUCUUAUAUAUACACAUAUAUAUAUACACGUGUGUUUGAUUGCUUCCUCUCUGCCCUGUCCCUAUAAAGUGAUACUUUUCAGAGAAGAGAGCAUAAACAGAAACAGAGAAGAAGCUUCGUUGUUGUGUUACAGAACAUGGAGAGGUAUGACAUAGUGAAGGAUAUUGGAUCUGGUAAUUUCGGAGUAGCUAAGCUUGUUCGUGACAAAGUUUCUAAAGAGCUUUUCGCUAUUAAGUUCAUCGAGAGAGGCCAUAAGAUUGAUGAACAUGUACAAAGAGAAAUCAUGAACCAUAGGUCACUCAACCAUCCCAACAUAAUAAGAUUUAAGGAGGUUCUGUUGACGGCAACACAUUUGGCUAUAGUAAUGGAAUAUGCCGCCGGAGGAGAACUCUUUGAAAGAAUCUGUAGUGCCGGAAGAUUUGGCGAAGAUGAGGCAAGGUUCUUCUUCCAGCAGCUGAUAUCAGGAGUUAGUUACUGUCAUAGUCUUCAAAUUUGCCAUAGAGAUCUAAAGCUAGAGAAUACGCUAUUAGAUGGAAGUACCGCACCGCGUGUAAAGAUUUGUGAUUUUGGAUACUCAAAGUCGGGAGUUCUUCACUCGCAACCAAAGACAACAGUAGGAACACCUGCUUACAUUGCACCUGAAGUCCUUUCGAAAAGAGAAUAUGAUGGCAAGAUUGCUGAUGUUUGGUCUUGUGGAGUCACUUUGUAUGUCAUGCUCGUUGGUGCUUACCCUUUUGAAGAUCCUUCUGAUCCUAAAGAUUUCAGGAAGACCAUCGGUCGGAUCCUGAGGGCGCAGUACUCUAUACCUGACUAUGUCCGAGUUUCUGAUCUAUGCAAACAUCUUCUCUCUCGAAUAUUCCUGGCCAACCCUGAAAAGAGAAUAACUAUGGAGGAGAUCAAGAAUCAUUCUUGGUUUCUCAAGAAUUUGCCGGUUGAUAUGUCGGAAGGAUCAUCGAGAAGUAAUGACCCGUCUCAAUCAGAGGAAGAGAUAGUGUGGAUCAUUGAGGAAGCUCGUAAAGUGAUCACUGGAGCUUCUGGACUCUCCGGUGCUGGUGGCUCUGGUGAUAGCGGUAGUGGUGCUAUGGGAAGUAGCAUGGAUCUUGAUGAUUUGGAUGUGGAUUAUGACGAUGAUAUCGACACUGGUGAUUUCGUUUGCACUUUAUGACCAUUUAUAAUUAUUCUCAAUACUAAAGGAGAUUGCAUGUUCAUGAACUUUGCACAAACGCGAUUGUAAUGAUCUAUAUAGCUUUGAUUAUUUUAAACGCAGUGGUUGAAUGUUA